AUGUGUAAGGUCAUUCGCCUCAGAUAUGAAUGCGGACACCUAGUCCGAGUGAGGAAGUCUCGUUGCCGCGGGACUUCGCACAAGGAGACACGGACCAGAAAGAUCACUGCAUGCAGCGCAGACGGUUACAUGCUAGUCAAUGCAUCGACCGCCUGCGGGUCAUGCCUUAGACAAGAGUGGGAAGCUCCGUGGAUAUCUAAGCUUAACAAAGCGAAAACGUUCCUUGCUCGGCUCAUUGAAAAGGACCUCCCAGGACAAUACUCAGUCGCUGAACAUAUCGAGCAGAUCAGCAAAGACUAUGAUGCAGCAGCCUGGAAGAUUCGGGAUCAUUUUCCGUCGGACAAAGUCAGCAUUCAGAGGGCUAGUAUGGGCCAGAAAGUGAACAAGAAGUCGCCUCUGAGCAACGAAGUGCAACCUGAGGAAGUACUAGAUGGUCAUAUCCAACAAGAUGGAGGGCUGAAAGAAGAUGGAUUAGAUCCAAGUCUGCUAUCACCUGCAGAGCUAUGGGAUCCUCCUAACCCUGGACCAGAUAUAGACCGUUUCCCGCUGGAGUACACAGAUGCUGCACCAUUGGAUUAUACGACGCAUCCAGCGGACAGCCAAAUUUACCAGCAUGAGUAUAUUCUGGUACAGUUUGGCGGCCCUAGGGAUGGCCAAGAUACUAACGUCCACUAUGGACAUGCGUGGGAUCGCGAAGAGAAUGCCGGGACUAAAUCCAGCCAAGGCGGCCUUACAGAACCUGAUGCGGGUGCGGGUGCGGGCGUUGACCCAGUCGCGGAAGCGUUUAACUUGCCCACCCAACUCAGCCAAACAAACUUCUCCAACUGUGAAUUCGAUAGUGAAAGUCCAUCAGCAGGCGGUGAUCUAAUAGCCUGGGGUCUCGACAUCGACGCCCAAUCCUCAUCCAGCAUAACCAGGAUGGACAGCGUCAAGCCAAUUUCCAAGCCAAACUCUUGGAUGCAGCAAGUUCAGGUGGAACAGGUCCUCAAACUGUUCUGGGAAGUCAUCGAAGCCAGCCCCAACCGUACACCCCAGCCACAAGAAAUCCCCGAGGAUUCUUUACUCUCACUUUUUGCAAACAUAAACCAGCAUCCCGACGCUUCUCUCUCCUCCCCAACGACAUGGUCAAAGGCUGACAAGCUCCAUACCGACCUACAGAAAAUUCACGAGGAGCUACAAACAAGGCAAAAGAGCAAAAAGGAAUACGCUAGGUAUUUGCAUAUUGCGAGGAAGUUCGCGAGGCAGAUGGUUGGCAGUCCAACGGAGGGUGGAAGGGAGCUCACAGAUCCAACGUCCUGGAAGUGA